GACCGCUGUCCCCGCUACUGCUGGAGCCGUGCGUGAAACUCCACGACGACACCCUUAGCACAUAGUGAGGCGCAGCAGCUUUUGGGUGCUCGUCCUGCUCUUUCCUCUGUACUCUUUCUUUUGCUUUUGCUCCCAUCUUCUCUUCAUCGACACUCAAUUCUCUGCUCGCCAAAACACCACACGUCUCAUCCCAAGGGCCCCGUCCGAGUAAAAGUGGAAGCAUCACUUCUCAGUCUCAGCAUGACGCACGACCUGGCACCGCCCCGCAAGAGUGUCGAGUUGGAGGACCCUGGUGCGAAGGAACUAGUAGAGUCGAGCGACGAGCACUUUUCUGAUGCUUCCGAGGGCCGGCCUGGCAGAUCAGAUGCCACCUCACCAAUCCCAAUCACGCGAGUCGAGCGGGUAGAUGACGAGCCAGCCCAUGGCGAGGUCCCAGGAACGGACGCGUACAAGAUGAGGACCCAAGACGCAGUGCCCGACGAGGUGGAAAUCGUGCCGGAUGGCACACGCAGUCGCAGCACCUCACGGGUAAGCAUAAACGAUCGACCUUUGACACCUGGAGGAACGCCAGUCCCGAAGACGGUCGUUGAAAAGGUCGACCCCGACCAGCCCAGCUACGGCGAUGUCCCAGGCACACAUGCGCACCACCUACGCCUCGCAGACGCUGAGCCGGAUGUCAUCGUCAAGGCACCUGAGCCUGCGCAGCGCAAAGAAGGGUCGCCAACUGCCUCGCUUGAUAGGUAUCCAGUAAGCACCAACGACGACGCAACCGAGUCUGCCUUGGAUGCCGACUUGUCCGACCAGCCUGACGAUGCUCACAACGACGAGGACGCGGGUGACGAUGGGUUUGGCGAUUUCGACGAGUUCGAAGAGGGCGGUGAGGGAGAUGAUUUCGGGGAUUUUGACGAUGGGUUUCAGCAAGGCGAGGAAGAGGCAGAGACGUCAUUUGAUAAACCCCCCGAUCAACCUCCUGUACCUGCUCCUUCUAUAGGUCCUCCUGUCCUUGAUUUCGAACACCUCACAUCGCUUGAAGACAUCGUCGCAGCAACGCAGCCCUACAUUGAUGAGAUCUACCCCUCGCCACAAGACAUACCUAUCAUAUCAACAAACCCUGAAGAAACUCGCUCCAUAUUCCUCUCUGAGCGGAGCCACUCAUUAUGGACACAAUUAGUAGCACCACCACCACUCCAACCUCCCGACUGGGUCCGCUCCCGUAUACGACGACUCUUUCUAGUCUCGCUUGGCGUCCCCGUCGACCUCGAUGAAAUCCUCCCCGCGUCGAAACAAAAGAAACUCAUCUUGCCAUCCAUUCACAUCCCCGGCUCAGAAACGCCGCGUCCGUCAGCAGAUGGCCGCAACGGCGCGCUCGGGCGCGUCAAGCGGGAUGAAAACGCCUCAUCCACAUCCGUCGACUCGUCUUCAUCAAAACCCGACAGGAAACGAAAAGGGCCUCCGCCACCGCCCGAGCUAGAUAUCAGUUCAACGACGAUGCUGUGCGCGACGACCGAGGCGGCGCUGAGCAAUUUCACAAUAGAAGAGUUAGAAACGCAUGUCGAGCGGCUCAAGAGCUUACACGAGAGGGCGAACGAGGUGUUUGCGUAUUGGCAGAAGAGAUUGGAGAGUGCGCUGGGGGACAAGGAUGCGUUUGAACAGGUCAUUGAAAGUCUGGUUGCACAUGCUAAGAAGCUGAGGUGAUAUGGCCCUUCUCACUAUGUUGAGUAGAGUUAUUAGAUGGGUGUGAAAUAAUACCAGUUUUCGUCUAACAACUAAACUUGUAUAUCUGCUGCGUCACACUUUUGUGAUUUCAUGGUUAAAAAUGUGCUUGCAACUUGGGUC